AUGGCUGAAGACCUUAAUCAUUUUGCUAAAUAUCAAACUUAUUCCUCUUAUUCAACUAUAUAUUAAGAAUUAGAUACUCCUAACAAAACUUAAACAUUAAGAAGAAACCCAUUAGAAUAUUACACAAAAAGAGGUCUAGAUCCACCAAAAACAAUUUAUGGAGAUCCAGCACAGAUUCUAGAUCCUUAGAUUCCUUAAAAAUAGGAUUAACACAAAGAAGAAAAUACUGUUGGAUCGGUUCAUCACUUUGCAAGUGAAAUAGAUCGAUUAUGUUUAGAAGUUGGUAAAAUACUAUAAAAACCUUAAUCAAUUAAAGAUCAGUUAAACAAUAAAAAGAAAAAACCCUAAGAAUAGAAUUAAGAUUAUCCUUCAAAUGAUAUGCAUAUUUAAUCACUCAAAUAGAUUAAAUCUUUCAAUGAAUUCAAUCCAUCAAUUCAACAAUAUAAUACAUAAUAACUACUACAUGAAUAAUAAUAGGAAUAACGACAAGUAAAAGUUGAUUAAUCCAUCAAAGCCAAUUAUUAAAAAUAAGGACUUCAAUUAGAAUUAUCACCAUAAAAUUAUUAAACAGAUCCAUAAUUAUAAUAAAAAAGAGAUGAAUAUCUAUUUCAAAAUUAGAAAAAAUCUGUUUAGCAAUUAUAUUAAAGAAAUCAUAAAGCAGGUACCUUUUCUUGGAAUCUAUAUAGUAUUGGCUGUUGAUGAAGAGUAAAAAAAAAUGAAAUAAAAUUAAAGAUCCUAAGGAGGUUCUCUUACUGAAUUAGCCUAACAUUAAGAUGAAGAAAUAUAGAGGGCAAUUAGGGUUUUAUAAGGGGGAUAGAAAAAAACUUGA